CCGCUGUCCCGGUGUCCCUGCUGUCCCCGCUAUCCUCACUGUCCCCGCGCUGUCCCGCUGUCCCCCCGCUGUCCCUCCGGGCCAUGCCGGCCCCGCUGCCCCCGACCCGUUUGCAGUCGGCGGAGCGGGGCGCGGUGCUGCUGUCGUGCGCGCUGUCCUGCGCGGGCUCGGCGCUGCUGCUGGGCUCGCAGGCGCGCUGGCCGGAGCUGCGGACGCGGCCGCGGCAGCUGCUGCUGCACCUGAGCCUGGCCGACCUGCUCUCCGCCCUCUCCUACUUCUACGGCGUGCUGCGGGACUUCCAGAGCACCUCGUGGGACUGCGUGCUGCAGGGCGCCCUGUCCACCUUCGCCAACACCAGCUCCUUCUUCUGGACCAUGGCCAUCGCCCUCUACCUGUACCUGAGCAUCGUCAGGGGCUCGCCCGCAGGCCCGGGCUUGCUCUGGGCUUUCCACGCCGUCAGCUGUCACCUGAAGGUUUUUGGGUCCCUUUCUCAGUGCUGGGGUGUCCCCCUGGCCAUCACGGUGGCCGCCGUGGCUCUGAAGAAGAUCGGCUACGACGCCUCCAACGUUUCUGUGGGCUGGUGCUGGGUCAACCUGGACGCUGAGGAUCGGCUCCUGUGGAUGCUGCUGACAGGGAAGGCCUGGGAGAUCCUGGCCUAUGUCACCCUGCCAGUGCUCUACCUCCUCAUCAAGAAGCACAUCAACAGAGCACACGCCGCCCUCUCCGAGUAUCGCCCCAUCCUGCCCGGGCCCCCGGCCCUGCAGCCCCGCGCCAGUGUGGCGGACAAGAAGCUGAUCCUCAUCCCCGUCAUCUUCAUCUUCCUCCGCAUCUGGAGCACCGUGCGCUUCGUGCUGACCCUCUGCAACUCCCCUGCCGUGCGGAACUCCGUCCUGGUUGUCCUGCACGGCAUUGGGAACACGUUCCAAGGAGGAGCCAACUGCAUCAUGUUCGUGCUGUGCACGCGGGCGGUGCGCGCCCGGCUGCUGGCCCUGCUCUGCUGUCACCCGCCGGCCUGGCCUGGCCAGGGGUCCCCCGGCUCCCGGCAGCACCCACAGCCCCACAGGGACGGGGACAAGGACAAGGACAAGGACAAGGAGAAGGACGUGCCUGGCCCCGGGCAGACGAAGCCGCUGCUCCCCAGCACCUGAGCCGGCCCCGGCUGCUGCUGGUUCCUCCUCUCAUGGUGCAGGGCGCUGGCACAGCCCCACAGAGGGAGCUGCAGCCCGGGGAAAGCGGCGCUGGAGAGGCCGAGCCCUGCACAGGCUCUCGGCUGCCGGGAUGCUCCGGAGCAGGCUGCGCCCCGUUAUCUCCCCUCCCUCCCCUGCACCGGCAGUCUGAGCGCUGCUUUGGCUCUCGCUUUUGUGCCUGCUGAGCUGUGAGGUGAGCAAAGCCCCGGGCAGGCUGCAGGAGCUGCUGGAAGGGCCGAGCAGGGCUGUCCUGCAGGGAGCUGCAGCCUCUGAGCUGGGACAGCAACGCUUGUGCCGCGGUGCUGAUGGCUGGACGGUGCCUCUGCGUGGUUUCCCCUCCUCCCUGGCCUUUCGGGGCUGUCACCGCCGGGGUGUGUGGGGGUUCUGCUGAGGGAACGAGGGCCCUGCAGGCUGUGGGUGCCCCAGGCUCCCCGGGGACAGCCCCUGCCCUGCAGGACACAGCCCGGCUCAGAGCUCUGCGCCUUGCCGCUGCCGGGUCACGCUGGGGAGGGCUGGGGCUCCGUGUGCCCUCUGGGGAUGAUAACGUUUUACCUCAUUCACAGCUCCUCACUUGUGGUUUUUAAAGUAUUUUCUCCGACGUUUACAAAAUAAAAGUUUGGUUUCUUUAGCAGG